CACCGCUCGACCUACCAGCCCUCCUUCCUCAUCCGCCUGCCCUGCCCGUCCCGUCCGUCCACCCCCUUCCCUUCUUUCCCCUUUGCUUGCUGCUGCCUGCUUCUCGCCGUCGCCGCCUCAAUUCCCUCCUCGUUGUCCGUCGCCUCGUCCACGCGCACCUCGUCCUCCUCUCCGUUCCCUCCACCUCCUCGACCGCACCGUCGUCGUCUAGCUAGCGGAGCGAGCUGCGACCAGAUCGGAGAGCCAAGCACCCAGGAAGAGGGGGCCGGGGAACAAGAAGAAGCCGCCGGAAGCCGGGCGUGGACGUGUGGUGGUUUUCUGCCGGCGGCUGACAAGUGGUGUAGGCUACCCGCUCUGGCCAUGGAUCCGUCGGGCGGCGCGUUCCUGCCGCCGCUGCAGCAAGGGAGCUCCUCCUUCCCGCGGUCCUCCAGCAACGCGUCGCUCGCCAGGAGCGGCAGCGGCGGCGGCGGCGUUGGCGCCGGGCGCGGGACCAGGGGCAGGAAGAUGAUGCGCAGGGUCUGCCGCGGCGUCAUCACCUUCAUCUUCGCCAUCGCUGGGCUGUUCCUGGGAGCGGUGACCGGCGGUCUGAUCGGGCUGGCGACGGAGAGCGGGCUGUUCCGCGGCACCGGGAUCGGCGCCAUCACCGGCGCGCUCGUCUCCAUCGAGGUCGUCGACUCCUCCAUCCGCCUCUGGCAGGCGCGCCGAUCCGGGAUCUGGAGCAUCCUCUACGUGCUGAACGUGAUCUACAGCCUCCUGACGGGCAGGCUGGUGCGCGAGAAGGUCGACCCGGCGGUGCAGCGGGUGGUCCGCAGCCAGAUGAACGCGGUGGACUCGUCGCCGUUCAGGGAGUCGCCGGACCUGUUCGAGGUGGAGGCCACCAACGGCAUGCCGCGGGCGUCCAUCGACAAGCUCCCCGAGUCGUGGAUCACCGAGGAGUACAGGCGCGACGCCGUCGGCGACCUCUCCGGCUGCUCCGUCUGCCUCCAGGAUUUCCAGGUCGGGGAGAAGGUGCGGAGCCUGCCGGACUGCUGGCACGUGUUCCACGUGCCGUGCAUCGACGGCUGGCUCAUCAAGCACGGCUCCUGCCCGCUCUGCAGGAGGAAGCUGUAGGCGGAUCGACCGGACGACGCCAUGGACGAUGUUCUUCUCUGCGAUCGAGCCGAUGAUGUGUGUGUGUGUGCCCCCGCCGCCGCCACCACCGAUAGCUGCUGCUAGGAUCGGAGGAGGGAGGAGGGAGAAGAGACUGACAUCUAUAGAACCCUUAAUUUAUAGAGAGGGCUUUUGCUUUGCUGCUACUUGUACGUGCUCUACUACGUACCUAUUGCAUCUUUCUUUCUUUUUUUGAUCCACCAUGAUCGACCUCCCUCCUCAGAUCCAUCCAUGCAUGUAAUAUACCCUGGACCGGCUUGUGCUUCGUUCGAUCCAUUCCAUGCAUCUCCGGACUGUGAUCUCGAUCUGGUGUAAUAUAUAUAAAAAAAAACUACUAGUAUGUACC